CCUUACAGACUUCCAACAGUUAUCUCAUUCUUUCAUAUCCUUUAUAGAUAUAGAGGAGAAAAGAAAUAAGAAAUUGGGUAGCUAGUUGAGUAAUGAUGUAAACUGAAACAAAGUGGAAAACGCGGUCUAGAAAUUAAGCGCCGGUUUGUUGUUGAAAUAAGUUUUUGCGGAAGCAAGUAGGUAGUGUAAAAGUGAAAAUAAUGGUGGGGCUUUCUACAGGACACAUAUUUUCUACAGGUUCUUCAAAAGAAGUUGGAGAUAUGUCAGGGUUAGCCACAACAGCACCCUCAUCCGCUGACGCCUGCCUAAGCAUUGUGCACAGUCUGAUGUGCCACAGACAAGGGGGAGAAAGUGAAGGCUUCGCCAAACGUGCAAUUGAAUCGCUUGUUAAAAAAUUAAAGGAGAAACGGGACGAGUUGGACUCGCUUAUCACUGCUAUCACCACCAGUGGGGCACAUCCGAGCAAGUGUGUCACAAUUCAAAGAACUCUCGAUGGUCGUCUGCAGGUCGCUGGACGCAAAGGCUUUCCUCAUGUGAUCUAUGCUCGAAUUUGGCGAUGGCCCGACCUCCACAAAAACGAACUCAAACACGUGAAAUAUUGUCAGUUUGCGUUUGACUUAAAGUGUGACUCAGUAUGUGUGAAUCCCUAUCAUUAUGAGCGGGUAGUGUCCCCCGGCAUUGAUCUUUCUGGACUUACGUUACAAUCUGGAACAGCUCGAUUAGUGAAAGAUGAAUACACCGCUGGACCGGUCCCUGGUGGCAGCAUGGAUGUAGAUGGCGAAAUCGGUAUUGAAGUCUCCCAGACCAUUCAACACCAACCGCCACAACAAAAUUUUGCCCUGAGCGGACUUCAAGCACCUUCCACAAGUGAUCAGGGAAUGUAUAAUUCACCAAACAGACCAGUUAUGGGACAUCCCGUACCUAAAAUUGAAGGGGGAGUUGACGCAUGUUCCAGAUCUAGUUGGUUACCGCACAUGCAUAUACCUCAUCGUGGAAAUAACCCUCCGGUGUCGCCCCAUUUGCAACAGAACGGCUUUAACAACUCCACUCACACAACAACAACUGUUGUGAACAACAACGGUGGUACUAUAAGCGGCAGCCAACCUGCGGCUACGGCCACUAUGGGCCAAUCUUUUACUGGUGCUGGUGGUACUUGGACCGGAUCUAACACGUUAACCUACACCCAAUCAAUGCAGCCUCCUGAUAACCGUACCCAUCACACAGCUUAUUGGAAUACGAACCAGUGUAACGACGUAAACAUCGCCGGUUUGUUGUCCACUCAACCGGCCCCCGAGUACUGGUGUUCGGUCGCCUACUUCGAGCUGGACACUCAAGUGGGUGAAACAUUCAAAGUACCCUCAAGUUGCCCAAAUGUGACAAUUGACGGCUACGUCGACCCCUCUGGUGGCAACAGGUUUUGCCUGGGUGCACUGAGUAAUGUGCACCGAACUGACCAAAGUGAGAGAGCGAGACUACAUAUUGGCAAAGGGGUACAAUUAGACUUAAGGGGCGAAGGAGACGUUUGGUUACGCUGUUUAAGCGACCAUUCGGUUUUCGUCCAGAGUUAUUAUCUGGAUAGGGAGGCUGGACGACAACCUGGCGAUGCGGUACACAAAAUUUACCCUUCAGCUUACAUAAAGGUUUUUGAUCUGAGGCAAUGCCACAACCAGAUGACCACUCAAGCGGCCACAGCACAAGCAGCGGCGGCGGCACAGGCGGCGGCGGUGGCGGGACACAUCCCUGGACCACAUUCAGUGGGCGGGAUAGCGCCAGCUAUAAGUUUAUCGGCUGCAACAGGAAUAGGGGUUGACGAUUUGCGCAGACUUUGCAUUCUGCGUCUUAGUUUUGUUAAAGGCUGGGGUCCGGAUUAUCCCCGACAGUCGAUAAAAGAGACUCCAUGUUGGGUAGAAAUUCAUUUGCACCGAGCACUGCAAUUACUGGAUGAAGUGCUUCAUACUAUGCCGAUAGAUGGACCACGUGGUAUAGAAUAAGAUGGUCGGACUGUUCUCAUUUAAAUGUUUUUGUGUCCAUUUUUAAACAUUUUGGUAGUCAAACAACGAUUGUUGUCAAUUCCGAAUUUUUUCUUGUAAUAAUUGGCUUGAUGAGACAGCGGCAAGUUUGACAAAAUAUUUUAUAAAUGAGUAGUUUAAACGUUAGUUAUAAGUUUGUAAAUUACGCUUAUAUAAUACUUAAUUUAAUAAGAGCGGAUUCAUUUAGUUUGUAGUGAUAUUCACUUCUUUUUUACAUAAAUAUAUAUUUUGUAAAUACCUUACAAACAAUUGCCUUACAGUCGAACAGAACUUUUCAUAUAUUUUCUUAAAAAUUAUGAUAAAUCUUUGUUUGUCAUUUGGUUUGUGCCAUUUUAUUUUGUACAAGAUGGAUGCCAAAUUUGAAAUAGUUAUCGCACACGAUAUGAUGAGGGUAAAUAUUUAUAUACAUUAGGCUGUGAAAAACUGUGUAGUGUGUAAGUUUUUUCGUUUUUGUUGCUUGAUAUUAAUGUGGUAGUGAAUGUCUUAUUUAAGAAACCUUUUUUGUAUUCUUUCUAAUCACAAGUACCUAGCAAACUGCAAUUUUUUCAUUUGCUGUGUAAAUGUAGAUAAGUAGAAUAUAGAUAUUAUCUAUGACACAAUGUAUGUUACAUUUUUUUGAAAAUUACACUAUUAUGACAUGUAA